AAUAGUAGCCAACCUGAUGUCGAUAAAGCACGUGCGCUCGAAGAGAGUAUUAGGUUUAAUUUGACUCAGUCGAAAAGCUUGUAUACAAAUUAUAAAGCAUGCUUUUUGAAUGACACAAAACUUAAAGACGUGCAUCUUAAAGGAAUAAUAAAGGAGUUUUCUCAGAGAUACUGAGGAUGUCUCUGUCAGUGCGUGAGAAUCGGACCGUGCGCUUUGUGUUUUUGGGCGCUGCCGGGGUCGGGAAAACUGCGCUGAUCACCCGUUUCUUGCACGAUCGCUUCGACACCAAAUACACUCGCACGGUGGAGGAGCUGCACGCGCUCGAGUACGACACGGACGGCGCGAGGGUGCGCAUAGAGAUCUUGGAUACAAGCGGCAGUUACGCCUUUCCAGCCAUGCGCGCCCUGUGCAUCCGCACCGGGGACGCGUUUGCGCUGGUUUACGCCGCCGACGAACCCGAGUCCCUGGAGGAGGUGCAGCGACUCCGCGAGGAAAUUCUUGAGAUGAAAGGGGAGAAGUUCACGGGUAUUACGGUCAUCGAGAACAAGGCGGACGGGGACUGCCGGAGUCGACAGGCUACUGCCGAAGUUAUGCGCACGGUGGAAGAGGACUGGAACGCGGGCUUCGUAAAAACAUCCGCGCGCGCUGGAGAGAAUGUCACGGCGGUAUUUCGGGACUUGCUGCAACAAGUGCAGCUGCCGAGCCGCGUCAGUCCUGCACUGCGCAGACGGACACAGACCAUGGGGAUAGAAGCUGCAGGGGCGCGCAAAAAGCCCCUCAUGAAGAAAAACAGUAGCUGUAUCCUGUCUUAAUGGACAUGUUAAGUCUUUUUUUAUGGACAUGUUAAGUCACUUGACGUUAGUUACGCAUCAUACUGAUGCAUGACGGACAUUGACAAAAAGUCUAUGUUAACUCACCUUUGCAGCGCAAAGGUCAUUGGUUCGAUCAGGAACACACAUACUUAUAAAAUAAUAGCUUGAAUAUACUGCAAGUGGGUGAAAGUGUGUCAAAUGCAUAAAUGUAAAGCAGGCCUACUGUGUGAAUGACAUUUUGACUGUUCUUGUUGCUCUAAUAAGAGCCAGACAAAGUAUUUGAUGAAUCAUCUGCAUUAUACUGCUGAAAUGUUAACUUUUUUAAGACUGAAUAAAUGCAAAUAAUGUUUAACAACCAGUGUUCUACUGUGAUAAUGUGCUUGCUCCAUAAGGUGCAGGUACAGUUAACAUACAAAACAUUUAAUAAGGAUUAAAGUUACUUUAAAAAACUGCACAUAAAUAUGACUUUGUGGUUUGACAGGUUUUAUACAAUUCAUCAAGUAUACAGUAUAACAUACACCUACAAUGUGUGGACAUAUAAAUUAGAAGAUAAAUACACCUGUACAACAUACAAAAGACAGAAUAAACAAAGAAAUAUAAACAAUACAGUGCACGUGAUGGGGUGUCCAAUAGGCUAUCCAGCUGUUUUUAUCCAAAGUGCUUUCUUCUGAAAGCUUUGCAUGUCUCCUUAAUAUCUUAAUAACUAAGUCCUAAUUUAGACUACUGUCAGAAAUAAAUAACUGGGACUGUACCCUUCAAAAAGGUCUUAAUGUACUAUUUUGUAUCUUGAGAUAUGAACAAUGCAGGUACUUAAAUGUACCCUUUAGGUACAAAGGUGUAUUUUUUGAAAGGGUACUGACCCACUUUUGUACUUUUUUUCUGAGAACGUACAAUUACUUUAGAAACUAACAUUCCAUGUUUCAUAAAUAAUAUGUUAUUUUCAAAAAUAAAUGUUUGUGA